AACCUCAAGGUCCCUGGUUCAGCCAUUAUUUUUUUCCAGCUAGGGUUGUUGGAGCAUAUGGGAAGCGAGGCUCACACGGCUUUCAGAAGCCCUGCAGCAGAUACAAACUCCCUGCUGGGGCUUUCUUGCUCUCAAACCCGUACUCCAGCUAAUUCGACGGAUGCUGAUCUUGCACUGGAGCGCCGUCUUAUUUCAGGCCAAUCCACCAACAGCAGCACGCUUAGGCUCAAUAAUCAAAAUCCAGCCGGUUAUAUCCUGAAUGCGACAUUAUAUCGGCGCGCUGUAAGCUGUCUGCCCAGUACUGGCGACGUGUCGUUGUCCCCUGGUGCUCGGCGGCUAGCGGAUUUAUUCCUAGCGUCCAUUCUUAAACGUACCUCCGCGCGAACGAGGGGGUGGCGUGCGAGUCUUGGCCAGCGGAAGAGCAGUCGAGCAGAUCAGCUUCGGCCUUACCGGUCUAAGGCCGGUGUUAAGGGGAUUAGGAAGACGGUCGACGCAUCUCGGACGGAGUCUCGGGCUCGCGCCGACGGGAAACAUUCGGUCAGCUUCACUGAAACGAAGUCAGUUCUUCAAACGCUUUCUCCGUCUGUUUUCGGGAAUAUUGAUUCUAGCGUCUCGGCUGACGCCGCCAUCGCUGUCGCCGUCGCUCGAGCAGCAAUGGCUCCCGCGUUUAGAGUGACGGAAGGUUCGGCGAAUAGCCCUUCGGAACCUCGCGCGGCUGGAGCUAAGGCUAAUGCCUCCGGCAGGCCGGCGAUGGUGGAAGCCGUGAGCAGUGCGAGCGGUUGCGGUUCUGAUAGACUCCAAGCGUCUGCUCCUGUUGCUGCCGUUUCCUCGGAUAUGGUCGAGUCGGCCUCGCAAGAAUCACAGACAGCCAGGACUCCAUUCAUAAACGACCCGUGUCAUGCGCGGAUAAACGCCGAUCUGGCUGCGUGUGACGUGGCCGCGAGAGUGGUGGCGCAUGCUGACGUGGCAGCUGAGCUGGAUGGGAAUGGACACACCCACGAGCACGCCCGAUGCUCGCCUGUGCUUCGUCGCAAACCGAUGGACGUGCCUUCGAAGAAGGUUCGCCAGCUCUUUGCCUCGGGAGAGGAUAAGGGCGCGGGAUUGGACGACGGGGAGGAAGACGGCGCAAGGGGGACUUGGACCGAGUCCUUAGAGCCUGAAAGCCAGUUCUCUGAUAUGAAUGUGCUUAUGACGAGCGGUAGCGACGGAAUGACGCUCGAUUCGUUGAUUGGGGGUGACGCCCUAGAGGUGAAGGGAAGUGGGAAGGAAGAGGGGAGUGAGGAGGCAACAGAGGAGUUUUUGGAAGAGAUUGAGUUUGAGAUUGAGGAAGAGGAGGUGGAGGAAGAGGAGGACGCCGAAGAUAAGGGUAAAGGGAAGGUGGAGGAAAGUGACAGUGAUGAGGACGAUGACGAUGACGAUGAUGAGAGUGAGGAUGAGGAGGGGGCGGAGGAAGAUGAUGAGGAGAAUAGAGAUGAGGGGGAAGAGGAAGAGGAGAUGGAGGAUGAGGGGGAGAGGCUGGAGGACGGUUAUCAGAUAGUUCUGAAGGUUGGUCAGGUGAUGCUGCCGUGCAAGGUUAGGUACGACAACGAGGAGAUCGUCCAGAUAGUGAAGGCAGUGGACGAUUCGGAGAUAGUAGAGGUGGUGGAUGACGUGGCAGAUAACGAUAACGUGUCACUUCUUGACGUGGACAAGCGCGCGGACUGCCAAGGGCACGUGCGAACCUGCACGUCCCUUCCUGUGUCGAAAGACAACCCGCCACGUGUCCUCUCCCUUUCCAUGGACGACUCCUGUCCUCCGUCUCCCUCCUCGCCCACAUCCCCCUUCCCCCCCAUCUCCCACUCUCCGCCUCCCUCCGAAUCCCUAGAGCAAGAGCUCGCAUUCCCAACCAUCCCCACCGCUCCCUCCCCACCCCCUCCUAAGAGCAUUCUCAAACCUUCGUUUGUGGAACGCAGUAGUAACGCAUCCGCAGCAUGCGGAGCCAGUGUUGACCUCAAGGGAGACUUGAGUCGGAAGCGGCAGCGGGAUGGCAGUCAGAGGGACAGUGCGGAUGGGGAGAGGAAGGGGACGCAGGGGGGGGUGUGUGCGGAGUCGAGGGGGUUGCGCCCUACAGCACGGGAGCGCGUGCAGAGGCAAAUGGCGGCCGCAGAGGCAGCAGUGAAAAUGCUGGCGGACAGAUGCAAGGUGGAUUUUGGAAAUGCUGGAUCAUGCUCCUUGGCUGCUGAUGCCAUGCACCAGAUGGAGCUGCUCUGCCAAGCAGUCUCAGACGUCACUAAGCCACGCAAGCGGCUUCGAUUUGCUGAUGAGCUUGGCAAGGAGCUGAACCAUGUUCGCUUCAUUCCACCAAGAAUGUGAAUUUUUUUUAGCAGCUGACCAUUUCUCUGCACCUGGCUAGGUGUCCCAGAUUUGCAUUUUCUGCGAGGUGCUCUUGUGGCUAGAUUGGUUCCUCUGCUUGUGAAUGCAUGUCCCUAUAGCUGUCUGCUAGAUCUUGACAUGAUUGCUUGCAACCAAUUAUUGUGAUAUUUCAUUUGAUAAAUAAAACAAAACAAUUCCUUCCAGUAAUCAGUGAUUUCACCAAACCUUGCUCCUUCGCCAAAUCGUAUUCUCUAGCUUCUGGUUAGCCAGUUUCCGCACACUUUGCUACCGACUCGUCUGUAACACUGAUUCCGGGCGAUACUUUCCAUGGUGCACUGACUGCCAGUCCCCUACGGCGUCGGCCUCACGUAACGGAUAGCCGUACCUGAUAGACCUUCGACCAUGGAUGCCAACCGCUCGCAGCAGCGCGCACCGCAAGCGUCCGUCACGGACCCGUUCUUCGACCU